UAACAAUUCAAAAUUGUCAACAUUGGGUGAACAGGUGCUUGCUCAAGUAUUGACAUUUUUUGAAUGAGCUAAAAUGUUAAAUUUGAAGAUUUGUCUGUGAUAAUUAUUAUUCGGAAUAUGAGUCGAGUCUUUUUUGAUUAAAGUAUGGGAGAACACAUCACUGCAGGUCCGUAUAGGGCGACACUAUUGUGGAAUAGCCUUAUACGGUCGUUUCGGAAUGGCAUUGAACUUGGGCGACACAGACGAUAUAUGAAAACCUAUGAUGAAUGUUUUGUUGCGUCCGAUGCAGUUGAAUGGAUGCAUCAAUAUUUGACAGAAAAUCCAAACUUUGGCACUGAUGUCUCAAGAGCUCAGGCCGUACAACUGCUGAAGAAGCUCCACAAAUCUCGGCUGUUUGAGGAUGUACGGGGACCCAAACACAACCGGGGCGAGUUUACAGACAGCAGCAGGCUCUUCAGACUCACCCUUGCAUCACCGUCAAAAUCGAUCCGCACACCCAUCGCUCUGCGAAACAACCUUAAACUUGCUAACCUGCGUCGUCAUACAGAGGAGAAAACCAGUCAUGCGGAACCAGUCAAGCUUGAUUUCGACCGCAUGUCCUCAUUGCCAUCAUUGCAUGAUAACAAGACGACAUUGCCAGAGUGUCAUUUUGUGACCAAGCCGCUUACAGCGCAAGAAAUUGAAGAGCAGUGGAAAUUGCUUACAUUUGAAAGCCUUGAGAAGAUUCUUGGUGUUCAAGGCCUUGAUGACAUCAUUGAGCCGCGAUAUGUCAGCGGUCGCAACAUCAUGCACAACUGUCUCUACAUCAACAAGAGUGGUGUCGUCACCAAUAUAGACCCGAAAGAUCAACUACCACACUGGGCAUUAUCAGCAAUGAAAUGUUUGGCCUACUGGCCAGACAAGACAGACGAAAAUCUUCCGAACUAUCCCGGUUUUGAGAAAGAUGUUUUUCGUGUAGUGAAGGACUAUUUUUGCGGCCUAAAGGAACCCUUAAUGACAUACAAUAUGUACGAAGUGAUAACAAAUGUGUUUGUAAAAGCAACCAAUCACGGAAAAUCUCACCCUGGUGUUGAGCCAUAUUUCAAAGGCUCUUCUUCAGCUUAUCCGACUAACAAUGAAUACUUUAACUCCACACCCAAGACGCUAAUCUCCUUCAAAUCUGUUGAAAAUUUGCUCAUGACUUUAACGAGACGUUAUAAACCAUUGACAGAGUGCCAAGAUGCUUCUGAAGGCUAUUCCAGUGCAACGAACAUUCUUGAUCUUUCGCCCAUUCAUCCAGUUCACGAAAACAGUCGGACAAGUCCUAAUGGAGAUGGUCUUCCUUUGACGAGGUUUGAGACAGCUUUUGGGCCUGACAAUCAAACUGUGACACGGGUUUUUUAUGGCGAUGGGAUUGCAACAGACUAUAACCAUGAGGACAGCAGAAACCAGUCCCAUCACACUCCGGUUGAGACUCAUUUUGAAUCAGAUAUAUCUCCAUCCAGCACCGGUUCUUCGUUUUUUCGAAAGACUUCUUUGCGUCACUCGAUGCACAACUUGUUCAACAGAGGGCCGUCAAUACGAGAUAGGAAAUCUAAGAAAGAUAAGAAUUCCGCAAGACGGUGUAGUACAGGUUAUGGUUUAAAUGAUGACAGUUCUUAUGGAUGUACAGUGGGUGUUUACUCAAGAUCUUCCUCUGACAGUUCAUCCUAUGACACGCCUGUUUCUCGCCUGCCAGCCGUAAACCGUACUGAGUCUUGCACAGCGGGAUAUGUGGACCGAUCUGAGAAGUAUCGCAGUAAACCGCCCAUCCAUAAUCGCCCACCUAGCUUUGAUGCCCUUUACCCAGAAUCCAAAUACCCCAAAACCCACGAGCCAGUCAUAGACGCAUCCAAACGACCAUCGUUUUUUAAACGGAAAAAAUCUCUCUCGACGGCAUCAUUGCAUGCACCCCAUAGGAAGUCUGUUGUAGAACGUCCUGACCCUGGGAUUAAAAACUUAUCAUCGGUCUCAGAUGGGAGCUCUAAGGGAGGGCCUGGGGGCAAAGAGGUCGGGAAUGGGCGGAGCUUAAGCCUGUCAGAUCUCGUUGGGGCAGCUCCCCCAAUUGAGAACGAGCUGCAGAAACAAUGCCAGGGCCGGAUAAGGGAGAGUGAUGAUAGCCUGACGAUGGACGACUGCACAGAGCGUAUCGUGAAGGCACUACAGCUAGUGUGUCUGCUGCUACCACCAGCAAACAGGCGGCGUCUGCAUCUGCUGCUGCGACUCAUCAACAAGAUGGCUACCAAUGAUAAGCUUGUAUUGGACAAGACGCAGCCAUUGAGAUUAUUUUUACUGGAGACGUUUUCCCGCGCCGUGCUGUGUUGCCAUGAUGAGGGCGAGAUGGAUGACCAGCUUGUGAUUCAACUCGUCGCAUUCCUCAUGGACCACUACGUUGACGUGUUUGCGGUGCCCAUCGACCUCAAAACUGGGGUGGAAGCUCGCAUUACAAAACUCCAGCGAACAAAGGUCACCCGUCUUCGACACGACUCAAAUAUUUAUAUUCGAAUCCGGUACGCGAGUGAGGACCCAGCAACACUGCACUACUGCCAGAAGGUGUCACUGGAUGAGUACGAGAACCAGCGUCUGACUGCCUCCCAGCAGGCCCUGGCCACGUUACUGGAGGAGAUCAUACAGGACAACAGCAUGAGUAGCAAGGAGAAGAAGAAACGACUCAAACAGUUCCAGAAGAUGCACCCAGAUAUCUACCUACGUCGCUUCCCGUGUAGCCUGAGUGAGCCUGACCUAUACCCCUCCCAGCCAAGAAUCAAGCCACCCCUCCUUGCUAAGCCACUUUUGAAACUGAAGGGACUUCGGCUCUGAGGCAAUGUUAACUCCUCCCAUCCACAAAUAAGCCACCCCUUCUGGCUGAACCACUCUUGAAACUGAAGGGACUUCGGCUGUGAGGCUAUGUUAACUCCUCCCAUCCACAAAUUAAGACACCCCCUUCUGGCUGAACCACUUUUGAAAGUGAAGAGACUUCAGUUGUGGGGCCAUGUUAACUCCCCAAUCAACAAAUCAAGCCACCCUUUCUGGCUGAACCACUUUCGAAACUGAAGGGGCUUUAGUUGUGAGGCCGUUUCAACUCCUCUCAGUCAAUUAUUUAGCUGCGACUCCAUGCUGAAAAAUGGGGAUUUGUGAGGCAAUGUUCACUAACAUUGGAUGCCCAGUAUUAACUGUAUUAAUCAGAACUUCUUCUUAAGCUUUAAUUUUUGUCAUUUUUGUGGUAUGUCUUUUAAAAAUACAUUACAGAAAUAUUUAAUGUUCAGGUGUUGGUAAAAUAAACUUUAGAAUUUCAUAAAAAAAGCUCUUUUCUCCAUUUACAGUCCAACACUUUAGAAUCAGUCUUUACUGAACAGUUAUGAUAUACUGACACUUCAUCUUGCUAAAUAAUCAAAAUAAUAAUAAUUGAAUAGUUAACCUGUAUGUUAUUUCAGGUAUCUUGAGGAUAAUUCUUAAAAUCACUGUAUUUCAUUUGUAACUUAUUUCAAGAGAUUCCAAUGUUUAUCUGUCCUUUUCAUCAUUAGACUGGGUUAUGGAAGGCAGGUGGUUUACAGUAAAUAAUUUUUUUUUUGCAUUUACUGAUCUUUAUAUAUAAAACUUUGUGUAUAUCAAGCUGGCGUGGAGACAUUGCUUGUGAUCAUAUUUGGUUCAUGCUGGGUAAAUGUAAAGGUUAAUAAAAAUAGAAAACAGUUGAACCUCAAUUGCAUAUUGGACUGAAAUUUUGAGUGUUUGCAGCUUACUUAUAUACCUACUGUGGAAUUGCAGUUGGGGUCUGUCUGGUCUGAAAUUGUGUAUGAUGGUAGCUUACAUGCACACCUAGCUUUGAAAAGCAAUUGGGACCAAUCUAAUCAAGGUCAAUGGCAAUGCUCCUUAAAAUAAAAAAAUGUUUUCCCCUCAGUAACUUGAGAUUGGAUGAAGGUUUUGUGUUAUUUGUUUUGUUAGUACAUGUAGCUUAUAUUCAGAUCUGGAUUGCCAUUCCAUAAUUAUUUUAAUUACUGUAUUCAACUUUGAAAACCAGGAUAUGUUGUGUUGCUUGUUUCUUGUUCAUUUUUAUCUCGCCAUUUUAGAAGGUAAAUUUUAUAAUAAAAAAGGAAUGAUUUUGAAGGAUAAUACCUUUAUUUCUAUUUUUAAUGCAGAACCAACAAACACUUGAUAAGUUGAAGUACAGUUAUUAUUAUCCUCUUUAUAUUUUGUUUUUAUUCAAUACCGGUAUAUAUAAUAUUCUGACACAAAUUAUUUUAACCCUUGCCUAUUUCAUCUGUAUUCAACCAAAUCCUGCGAUUGGGGCUUGGGGGGUCUGGUUUAUUUAUGUCAACAAUCAAAUACACACAACUGAACUCUCAGCCUUUCUUUACAUGGAAUUAUUUUACAACAUUUUUAAACUCGACUGUAUUUUUUAUUCCCCCAGUAGGGUGGCAUAUAACAGUUGAACUGUCCGUCAGUCUGUGCGUCUGUCUGAAAACUUAAAAAUUGUCUAUAACUUUUGCAAUAGUGAAGAUAGCAACUUGAUAUUUGGCAUGCAUGUUUAUCUCAUGGAGUUGACCAUUUUGAGUGGUGAAAGGUCAAGGUCAUCCUUCAAGGUCAAAUGUCAAAUAUAUGGCUUCAAAGCGGCGCAGUAGGGGGGCAUUGUGUUUCUGACAAACACAUCUCUUGUUGUUAAACAAAUUGGUACAGGCUUAUUUUUUUCUAUAAUAAAGGCCAUUUAAAACCAAUGAAAGGCUCACUCUAAUACAGCUUAAUAUAUUUUGCUUGAUCAUAGGUUUGUGUGCAUGGCCCUUUGAUAACAUUAUUUUAUUGUUUAUUUAUUUUACAUUAUGCAUAUGUAAAUACUUCACUUGUUAUUUUGCACUUUUGUUUGUUAAAUGUUUGUCGUCAAUUAGAACAUUUACAAUUUACUAGUUUUAUAUACCAAUAAAGCCAUGCAGAAAGCAUAA